UCACUCACGUAGUGAAACGUGCAUCAUAUCUUGUGUAUUAAAAUGGCGAUUAAUUGGAAAUUUUGGUGGUGCAUUUUACUUCCUAUUUUACUCUGUCCAUUCCUAAUUUUUGGAAAUGAGGAGUCAAAACCUAUGCUAAAAUGUUCCUACGUGAUUCUUCUCAUGGCGUUGUUCUGGGUGCUGGAAGCGCUCCCAAUUCCUAUCACGUCACUUUUACCUGUAGCCCUCUUUCCGCUGCUGGGACUUCAGAGCACUUCUCAGGUUGUCGGAAAUUACAUGAAAGAGUCGGGGAUGAUGUUUUUAGGAGGGAUUUCAUUAGCAUUGGGGAUAUCACAUUGCGGUCUGCAUAAACGCCUCGCCCUCAAAACCCUACUCGUCAUAGGGACCAGCCCGUGGAGAUUGCUUUUUGGAGUCUUACUAACAACCUCGUUUUUGUCUUGUUGGGUUGUCAGCACGACGGCAGCAGCCAUGGCAGUCCCCAUCGUUUCCGGAUUGGUCGAAGCGUUCAAUGUUUCCGACAAGGAGAGAAAAAAGUUGAGGAUUUUAUUCUUCCUGGCGGCCGGAUAUGGGGCGAAUGUUGGCGGAACAGCGGUCAUCAUUGGGUCCAGUGCCAAUCUCAUUUUCCGGGAUCUUGUCGCACUAGAAAACAUUGGUCAAAAUGGUAAAUAUCGCGACAUAAAUUUCGCCACGUGGGCCGCCUUCGGCGUUCCCAUCGCCCUCGUCAACAUCCUCAUUGUGUGGGGUGUCCUUGGCUUUAUUCACUUAAGAGGAAAGAAAUCCUUGCCAGACGAUGUGGACGACGACAUUUCUCAAGAUACGGAUGCACACACUGUGAGGAAAAAUCUGUCCCAAAAGUUGAAAGAUUUAGGGCCCUUGAGUUUCCAUGAGAAGGCCAUUUCUGUAAUUUUUGGGCUUACUGUACUCCUCUGGUUCACGAGGGACCCUCAAGUCUUCCCCGGGUGGCAGGAAGUACUAUUUCCCUCUGGACAAAUUAAAAUAGGAGAUUCGUCCGUCGCCAUAAUUAUGGUGUUUGUAAUGUUCACGAUUCCCAAGGACCCCAAGGUUAUCUUGAAAUGGAAGAAGUUAGGCUCAUCCACCGAAACAUUAAUGACAUGGUCUCAUCUUCAGUCCAAUUUUCCCUGGAGCGUGCUUCUCCUUCUCGGCGGAGGUUUCGCCAUCUCGGACGGCGCCCAAGUUUCCGGUCUGUCCGAAUGGGUCGGCCAACAACUCGAGGGCCUUUCCUCACUUCCGCAUCCCGUCCUACUUUUCAUCAUCCUCCUAAUUGUCUCCGUCUUGACGGAAUUCACCUCAAAUUCGGGCACUGUCAGCCUCCUGACGCCCAUCCUGUUUUCGCUAUCCCGCCGGUUAGACAUUCACCCGCUCUAUGUCUCCUUCGCUGCCGUGAUCGUGUCUCAAUACGCGUUCGUCCUCCCGACAUCGAACCCCUCGAAUGCGAUCUGCUUUGCCGCGGGAGAAUUAAGAAUUAAGGAUAUGGCCACGCCGGGAGUAAUUUUAAACUUUUUAUGCUUAAUUGUUCUCUUUGUUCUGCAUAUAAGUUACGGUCAGUUAAUAUUUAAUUUUAGCAAUUAUAGUUAUUCGAAUAUUACAAUAGGAGAUGGAGGAAGUGAACUGCUAUUCUAAUAAAUUAUGUAAAUAUAUAUAUAAUAUUGAAAUUGUUAAUAGUAAAGUUUUUUUGCAUAAGAAACAUUCCGUUAGUAAAUUUUUACUGUAAAAAAAAUACCUGCCCAUGGAAUGUGUAUAAUAAAGAGAUUUCGGGAGUGGUUGAGGUAAAUUUA